AUGAUUUUUACUGUCAACAUGAAGGCGAAUAUAAGAAAACGUCUAACAGAUUUAGUCGAAUACAAUGUAAUGGGUCGUCUAAGAUCAUCUAAAACAACAAACACUAAUGUAGCAUCAUUAAUCAAUAUUGUCAACUGUUCCGCCCAAAAUGCGGUAAAGGUGGCUACUGAGCUGCUUGAGGAAGGAAAGGUCAUUGCUCUUCCUACGGAUACUGUUUAUGGAUUGGCUUGCAGUGCUAAUAAUAAAAGGGCAAUUCAGAGGCUCUAUGCCAUCAAGGAGAGAGAUAUGCUAAAACCAGUAGCAAUUUGUGUUGCUGAAUUCGAUGACUUGCAGUACUGGGGGGACGCGAACCAUAUUCCGGAGGAACUGCUCAAGAAAUUGUUACCAGGGCCUGUCACAAUCGUAGUCAACAAGUCUCAUAAUUUGGACAACCCCAAAUUAAAUCCGGGCAAACGCAAAAUCGGUAUUCGAAUACCGGACUCUACCUUUAUCAGUGAGGUUUCGAUGGCAUAUAAAAAGCCAAUCGCACUUACCAGUGCGAAUCGAAGUUCUGAGCAAAGUACAUUGAAUAUACAGGAAUUCUCGAGCCUUUGGCCAAAACUGGGAGCGGUCUUCGACGGUGGUCAAUUGGGACUACAUGAGCAACAACGUGCCGCUUCAACGGUGAUUGAUCUUUCACAAGAAGGAUACUACAAAAUUAUACGUUAUGGAGUAGCAGGGAAAGAUACAAUUCGAGCGGAAAAGGAUAAGAAUAUGCACUCAGGCAGGAUCAUUUACAAACGUUGCGCGCUAGGCCUUUCUAGAAAGCGCGAUGUAGGAGGAAAACAAGCUGCGAGUAUGCAGGAAGAAUAUUAUGUAAACCAGAUGCGCGUGUAUGCAUAGAGCUAGGGACACGGGCGAACCAUCAGGGCUUCCGAUGUGGAAUGGAAAGAGAAAACAGCAAUAGGUUGCGCAACAUUUUCGUUCGAUGUAACACUUUUGUCAUUUUAAAUAUUUUAAGAAAAAAAUUUAAAUUUUAAAUCACGUUGAUAAAACUAA